AUGACAUCUACCAUCCCGACCGAAGAUGAGCUCAGGCAAAGCCUAGUAGCCUUGAAAUCAGAAAACCCCAGCCUAGGCAUCCCAAAGCUGCACGCGCUCCUUGUCGUGGCCCACCCAGACUGGACAGUCAGUGAGAAGCGCACGCGCAAAAUCUUGCAAAGCGCGGGUCUGACGAACGCGCCUGCCUCAAAAAGACAGUAUCCGUCAUCACAGAUCAUCAAGGACCUAGAUAUCGCGAAAUGGACGGCUAAAGUUGAGGUGAAGGAUUUCGGGAGGCAGAAGGGGAAGGGCCUUGUCGCGAAGGAGCGCAUUGAGGAGGUGGAGGUGGUCUGGAAGGAGGACCCGUUCGUCCUCGCGCCUGAAUGGGAACUCUACGACCUCCAAGCCACCUCUCGCGCCUGUACGUACUGCUCCACGCCCCUCACCGACAAACCCAUGGCGGUCGACUGCCCCUCCUCCACUUCCUCAUCCUACUGCCCCGCGCGCUUUUGUAACCGCCUCUGCCUCUCGCGCUCGGGUGCCACCCACUCCCUUCUCUGCCCCUCGCGCAACCCCGCUGCUGUUCCGCUCAUCAACUUUGCGCGACAAAUGCAGUGGCAGACGCUGCAUUCGCUCGCGCAGUGCACGGCGAGGUUGCUGCUGGCGUGGCAGCAGGGUGAGGAGGCGUUUGAGAAUGACUGGAGGAUUGUGCAAGGCCUGGCGGUGCUAGGGAUGGAGGAAAGGUUUGCGGAUCUCGCCAGGAGCAAGGGUGUGGAGCCGGACCGCGCGACGUGGAAGAAAGCCCACCAGUUGUUCGUGCAUGCAUUCCAGGACCCGCCGACCGAGCAAGCGAAGAAGAAGCUAAGCAAGAUACUCAGAAAGCCCCUCAGGGAGGACGUAGCGAAAGAACUAUUCGAAUACGACGGCUUCCUGCGCGGUCUAGGGCGGAUGAACCUCAAUCAGGAGACGCACGGCGGCAUCUACGUCCUGCACUCGCACCUCAACCACUCCUGUAGGCCCAACAUCUCUGUGCGGCACCUCGACCAACGCACCGCGCUCUCGCGCAUCACCGUGCUCGCCAAAGCACCCAUCGAACCGGGGGAGGAGCUCGUGGUGAGCUACGUCGAUCCCGAAAUGAGCGUGAAGGAAAGGAGGCGGCAGCUGCAGCAGUGGGGAUUCGGCGCAUGCGGCUGUGAAAAAUGCGUAGAGGAGGAGAAGGGGCUGCCCGGGGAUGAGAAGGGGGACGAGCUGGAUGGGCUGGCGAGUGAGCUCAAGGCGGGGUUUGGGGUUGGUAGCCUAGCAUGA